CCCCCCCACGCCUGCAGUACCUGCUGGAGCCCCUCCACACCGCGGUGCACACGCAGCGGGGUGCCACGGCCACCCUGCCCUGCGUCCUGCGCGCCCUGCCCCACAACUACCGCGUGAAGUGGAGCAAGGUGGAGCCAGCCAACUACCGGGAGAGCAUCAUCAUCAUCACCAACGGGCUGUACCACAGCGUCUCACUCACGCUGAACCUCGAAGGAGUUGUCUUCCCCUACCAGCCCAGCAACGGACGCCAGGUCUACUUCGUCCGGGGCCACCUGAACUUCAAGGAGGCUGGGCAAGCGUGCCGCAACCACGGGGCUGCCAUCGCCAAAGUGGGGCAGCUCUAUUCCGCCUGGAAGUUUUCCCAGCUGGAUCGCUGUGACGGGGGAUGGCUGGCUGAUGGCAGCGUGC